GGGACAAGAAAAGAUAAGGCGGAAAUAGUGGGUUACUGGGUUCAAUACUCCGUAUGUUUUUGGAGCACAAUUUGGGAGGGUUUUAAGCAACUCCGAAUAGAAAGAAACACGGGGCAAAACACUACUAGUAAUCAUUAGCGGUUCUCUUUUCAAUCAUCACCCCUUCCGUCGUUGAAUUAUUAGAUCCUGUUCAUGGAAUUUUUGGCUGCAGAUUCAUAGUACGUGGCACUUUCUGCAUUUAUUCAUUACUAUUUUAAUUAUAUCCAUAAACUCCGUAUCAAGUUUAUUUAUCAUCGAUCCAUAUGAAUUUAGCAUUAUUCUACGAACCAGAUUCAAAAGUCAAACUACCCAUUCCUGCCCCUGUGAUAUGUUUUCUUCUUCGCCUCUUCUUUGCCGACGCUGUAGCUGGAGGUACAUCCUAUUUCCGUAGCUAAAGGUCCUUGCAAGCUAGGGCUUUUGGAUAUAUUAUCUAUUCUCAAUUUCGGGUUUCUUUUUUGCGGGUUACGCGCUCUGUUUUUGGCGGGGUGAUCGGCGACGAGCAUGUCCGGACCUCUUGAUCGCUUCGCAAGGCCUUGCUUUGAAGGAUCGUCUGGAAAUGAUGAGCGUCGGGAAAGGAAAUCUGAUUUUGAGUGCUCAGAGGAUGAGAGAAAGACAAGAAUUAGUUCUCUCAAGAAGAAAGCUCUGAGUGCAUCGACAAGAUUCAGACACUCUCUAAAGAAGAAGAGCAAAAGAAGAAAUAACGAUGGGCGCUGCAGCUCUGUCUCAAUUGAGGAUAUUCGGGAUGUCGAAGAGCUUCGAGCUGUUGAUGCAUUUAGACAAUCUUUGAUUUUGGAUGAACUGUUGAUGGAGCAGCACGAUGACUAUUACAUGAUGUUGAGGUUUCUGAAAGCAAGGAAGUUUGACAUUGAGAAAGCAAAGAACAUGUGGGCUGAUAUGAUCCAGUGGAGGAAAGAGUUUGGUGCUGAUACACUUCUUCUGGACUUUGAGUUCGAAGAGAUUGAUGAGGUUUUAAACUAUUACCCACAUGGUUACCAUGGGGUUGACAAAGAGGGAAGACCUGUAUAUAUCGAGAGGCUUGGAAAAGUUGACCCUAACAAACUUAUGCAAGUGACAACAUUGGACCGUUAUGUAAAAUACCACGUUAAAGAGUUCGAAAAAACUUUUGCCAUCAAGUUUCCAGCUUGCACAAUUGCUGCAAAGAAGCACAUAGACUCUAGCACAACUAUUUUGGACGUUCAAGGAGUGGGUUUCAAAAAUUUGACCAAGAAUGCUAGGGAUCUCAUCACACAGUUGCAGAAAAUUGAUGGUGAUAAUUAUCCUGAAACACUCCAUCAGAUGUUUAUCAUCAAUGCUGGUCCAGGAUUCAAAUUGCUAUGGAACACAGUGAAGAGCUUUCUAGAUCCUAAGACCACUUCCAAGAUUCACGUUCUUGGGAACAAGUAUCAAAACAAGUUGCUUGAAAUCAUAGAUGCUAGUGAGUUGCCUGAAUUUCUGGGUGGAACUUGUACAUGCUCAGAUCAAGGAGGGUGUCUCCGUUCUGAUAAAGGGCCGUGGAAAAAUCCAGCAAUUUUGAAGAUGGUUGGUGAAACACGGCGUUGCAAGCAGGUUGUAAAAGUUCUAAACAGUGAAGGGAAAGUAGUUUAUGCUAAACCCCGUUUCCCAAUGGUAAAAGGCUGUGAUACAUCAGCCGAGUCGGGAUCUGAAGCCGAAGAUAUUGUUUCACCUAAAGCUAUGAAGAGUUUUUCACAUCCACAGCUUACUCCUGUUCGUGAAGAGUGUCUUCCUCAUGCCAAGAAACAUGCAAGAGUUAUGAACAACUUCCCAGGAUAUGAUGAGUAUGUUCCUCCCGUGGUUGACAAGACUGUUGAUUCUUGUUGGAAGCAAGACACGUCAAUUAAUAACCCCUUUUCAAAAGGUUCAAAUAUGAAACAUAGAGAUUAUAAUUUGCGUACUGAAAAGACCCCCAAAAAUGGACUCUAUGCACGGCUUUUAGGAGCUUUUAUGGCUUUCUUUAUGACGAUUUUCAUUUUUUUCCGUACGGUGGCCUUCCGUGUGACAAAAAAACUUCCGGAAGAAUCCUCCCCUCCCAAGGACCAAACUCCAGCAAUUGCUAAGGAAGAGUUUCGACCUCCUUCACCAGCUCCAGCAUAUACAGAAACUGAACUUCUCUCUGUCGUGCUCAAGAAGUUGGGGGAACUAGAAGAGAAAGUGAUUUCAAUUCAAGAAAAACCAUCUGAGAUGCCCAAUGAGAAAGAGGAAUUGCUAAAUGCUGCUGUUUGCCGAGUUGAUGCCUUGGAAGCCGAGUUGAUUGCCACCAAGAAGGCUUUACAUGAGGCUUUGAUGAGGCAAGAGGAACUUCUUGCCUACAUUGAUAGACAAGAAGAAGCCAAGUACAGGAAAAAGAAGUUUUGCUUCUAAGGUCUUCGCCUGUGGCCCUCAUGGAGCUUCAUAUGUUCCUCGAUUGUACACUGGAUUGAGAUUCAUUUUUUAUUUUAUUUUUUACUUUUUUAAUACAGUUAUUUGGCAACAUUGUACCUUUGACUACAUCAUAGUUCAUACCAUACCAUGUGAAACAAAAUGUACUGAAUAUUGUGGUACAUAUACCUGUUGUGUUCUGGAAACAUAUAUUUGUAGUUUUUUUAUUGCAUCUUCAUGGAUAAUUUAUUCUGUAUGAACAAGAAACUGGCUCAUAUAUAGUCAAAUUACGAUAAAAUAUCAUUUUUUAUACACUUCAUAAAGGAGUGAAAUAUCAUUUAUACAAAUGUUUAAUACGAGUAACAAUUAAGUAGAACAAAGCUAGGUGUAAGUAGACUUGCUAUACAAAAAUCACAAAUGACCGACUUAAAUUUAACUUAGUUCGACAUGCCAUGACUUGAGUUUGGCAUGUUUAUUUGUUAAACGUGUUGGGGUCGAGGCGUCGAGCUAUUGGUGGCUCGAAAACCAGAUUUGGAUUUGUAAUUAGGAUAAAAUCGUCACUCGACUCUAACAAAAAUAACAAAAAUU